AUGGCAUGUGCUCAGGCUGGGAAAGCUCUGGCAUACUCGACUUUUCAGGACGAAUUCUUUGAAAAGGAACUUCAGCAAACCUACGACAACCUCGUAGCCUCAGAGUGUACCGUUGGUAAGCACUUUAUAUUCUUCUUGUAUCCCAGUACUGUGCGCCGCAUCAACUGUGCGGGUUUUUCAUUCCGUGUACACAACUGCCUCUUGUCUGCAAAUACCGUACAGGCGCGUUGUGAGCAUACGGCCAAAAACGUUGCUGUUAUUUUCUUUAUGAUGGGUGGGCCUUUUGUAUCUGAAUACAAUGAAAUUGUCGGCAAAGUUAUGGGACUCCUCUCCUCUUGCACCUGUAUUGCGAGGUCCAGCCGUGUCCAAAUUGUGAGCUAG